AUGGCGACCGUUCCAGUAAACCCUAAGCCGUUCCUAAACGAUCUCACGGGGAAGCAAGUCAUCGUAAAAUUGAAAUGGGGCAUGGAGUACAAAGGCUAUCUCAUGUCUGUCGACGCCUAUAUGAACCUCCAGCUAGCGAGCACGGAAGAGUACAUCGACGGUCAGUUCAUGGGAAGCCUUGGUGAAGUGCUCAUCAGGCGUGCCAGAGGACGACGAGAUCACAGAAGCGCAGGAGGAGGAGGAAGGCUGACAGCCACUCUGUAUGGCACUCUGCGGCUCCUCGUGUCCUUGUCUUCCAACCACACCCUCUCAACAUUCAAAUAUGCUGAAUUCGUUCCUGCAAGCGCCGUCGCCACUUCAGGAUCCGCGUCUGCUCUCGCCACCAGGCGCUUCCUGGGCGGCGAUCACGACGACGACGAUGAUGACGACGAUCACCACGACCACGACGACGACGACGACGACGACGAUGAUGAUGACGACGACGACCACCAUCACCACCACGAGAAGAAGGAGAAGAAACCCAAGAAGAAGCUGACGUGCAUUGAGAAGUACAAGAUCAAAUACGCCAAGUGCGAGGAGAAGGAGGAGAAGUGCGAGGCGAAGGCGGCGAAUGCGGACGAGAAGGAGGUCUGCGAGGCGCAGUCGACGGUGUGCGAGCGCAAGGCGUACAAGUCGUUCAAGAACUGCAAGUAUGGCAAGUGGGGGUGCAAGGACUGGUGCCUGUACCGCCGCCGCCAGUGCCUCAAGUGGUACAAGGCGCCGAUGUGCGAGGAGAAGUACGAGAAGUGCGCCGAGUCGUGCAAGCCCAAGCCGAAGGAGGAGAAGCCCAAGAAGGAGAAGAAGAAGGAGCACCACCACGACCAUGACCACGACGACGACGAUCAUCACGACCACGACGACGACGACCACCACGACGACUAG